CGAGGCGUUAAGCUAGCUAGUCGGGGCUCGUCUGACACCCAGCCACCAGACGCCGACGGACCAGGCUGCUCUCACUUUUCAUAAUCUCGUUAUUUUUUCUCCUAUUUAAGUGACAUGUGUUGGCAAACACGCCGUCAAGAGCCCUCAGCUAAACUGGCAAAUUAAGGGUUUAUGGGCUUCCUUAGCGAAAGCCAGGUAUUAGCAAGCUAACGAGUGUGUUCGUUCAUUCAUUCAGGAAAAAGAGAGACACUUGGGAAGUGAUAGCAUGUGUGUGUAGUUACUGCAGGGGGAUCUUUUUAUGUAACUAACGGUAUAUCUUGGUGUAUUCACUAAGCCGAUUACUGCCGUUUCCUCACAUGGUUAAAGAGACAAAGCAGCCACGUUGUAUAAAUGUACACACCAGUCAUGGAGUUCAACAAAUUGGUGACCUUGUGGAUAUUGUGCUUGUGUCUCGUCGGAGAAAGUUGGUCUGACAAACCAAGUUCACCCACACCAGACAGCCAAGUUGUUGAAAAUGGAGUAUCAGAUUUCUGUCGCAUCGAUGAGCCACUAUGCAAGGACGAGAUGGCCAUUCUCAGCUAUGAGGCUAUCCGUAACAUCCACAAGCAGAUGGAUGAUGACGCAAACGGCAAUGUGGACGUGGUUGAGACAGACGGCUUCUUGAGGGAAGAUCUAAACUACCAUGACCCCAAGGCCAAGCAUAACAGCUUCCAUGGGGAUGACCAGUUUAUCAGUGUGGAGGACUUGUGGAACGCUUGGAAGGGCUCUGAAGUGUAUAAUUGGACAGUGGAUGAGGUGGUGGAAUGGCUCAUCACUUAUGUGGAACUGCCACAAUAUGUGGAAGCAUUUCGCAAGAUGAACUUCAAUGGAAGUGUCAUGCCGAGGUUGGCCAUAAAGAACACCACUCUGACUCUCUCUAUUCUGAAGAUUUUGGAUCGCAGCCAUGUGCAAAAGCUGCAGCUCAAAUCUUUGGACACCGUACUGUUUGGAGCGCCCCUGAUGAAUAGACAUAACCACUUGAAGGACUUCAUGCUGGUCGUGUCGAUAGUCAUAGGCAUGGGUGGCUGCUGGUUUGCCUACAUCCAGAACCGCUACUCUAAGGACCACAUGAAGAAGAUGAUGAAAGACCUGGAGGGCCUGCAGAGAGCUGAACAGAGUCUGCAUGACCUGCAACAGAAGCUACAGAUCGCCCAAGAGGAGCACCGUACGGUUGAAGUGGAGAAGGUGAACCUCGAGCAGAAGCUGAGGGAUGAGAUCAAUGCAGCCAAGCAGGAGGCCCAGCGGCUGAGGGAGCUUCGUGAAGGCACAGAGAACGAACUGAGUCGCCAGAAGUACGCUGAAGAAGAGCUGGAACAGGUCCGCAUGGCGUUGAAGAAGGCAGAGAAAGAGUUGGAGUCACGGAGUAGCUGGUCCCCUCCAGAGUCUCUCCAGAAGUGGCUGCAGCUCACCCACGAGGUGGAAGUGCAGUACUACAACAUCAAGAAACAAAACGCUGAACGGCAGCUCCUGGUGGCCAAAGAAGGAGCAGAGAAGAUAAAGAAAAAGAGGAACACUCUCUUCGGGACCUUCCACGUGGCUCACAGCUCCUCUCUGGAUGAUGUGGAUCACAAAAUACUGGCAGCGAAACAAGCUCUGGGUGAGGUGACGGCUGCUCUGCGGGAGAGGCUCCAUCGCUGGCAGCAGAUAGAGAUCCUCACAGGUUUUACCAUCGUCAACAACCCAGGCCUCCCUUCUCUGGCCUCAUCCCUCAACCUCGACCCCACAUUCAUGGGCGGCAGAGCUACACCUCAGCACUUCAUCAUGUCCGACGACAUGGACGACAUGGACGAGGAUAUCGUGCCUGGAACUCUGCAAUAUGGCACCCGACUGUUGGAACGGCGAGCCAGUGACCUGUGGUCCGUGGGUUCAGACUGUCAGCCCAUGUGGAAAUAUCCUGCUCCCAGUAUGAUGUCUCUGCGCCAACGCCACAUUGACCCCCAGCUGGCCAUGGGCUCUCAGAGGUUGGUAGAGAGCUGCCUGUUGGCUGGGCAGCAGGGCGAGGGAACCCCAUACCCGUCCAGGUCUAGGGCUACCCUCAGACAGUCCCGCAGCCAGUCGUUCGGGCAGCUCGAGUGUCUCCCUCUGCCUCCUCUUUUCUCGGCUGUGUCUCACCCCUCCAUCAUCUGUGCCUCCAGCCUGAGCCCUCAGUCCCUGUCCUCUUUGUCCUCCCCUUCCUCCAGCUCACCCUGCGCUGUGGGUGCCGCAGUAGCUCCUCAUUCCUCCCAUUUAUUUCAUGCUUCUUUCCAGCCCAUGGACCCCAUUCCUGAUUUCACCUCCUCAGACGUCUCCAAAGCACACUCCUCACACAACGACAGCUUUGGGGACCUAAAUCGCUCUGACUCCGACUCCUCCCUGUCCCUCUCACAAGUUGGUGAUCGUCUGUCCGCCUUCAGCUCCAAAGGUCAUCUAAUCAAGCCCACCUCUCUCAUGCACGGCAUCACCGGUCGUGCGGAUGACGCCAUCUCACUGCAUGCUCACACGCCCAACGGAGGGAACCGCCUUCAUGAAAUCAGCCCUACAGAGGCUCUCCCCGACAGCCCCAUACUCAUGAAGAAUGUGUACGGCAUGGAGAAGUCGCCCAGCCUGGGAGAGAUCAACAGCCUGUCAGAGUCGUCCCGCUCCCUCAGCCCCAAUUCCACUGAACCUGACACGCCGUCACCUACAGGAGGAGGGCAGCCCGGGGCCGUGGGGGCGAAGGGUGGCACCCGCAUCCCGCAGCUGUCCUCCAAGAAGAGCCCUCUGGAGGAGGACAGUGGCUCUACAGGAGAAGACACAGAUUCCACUGCCAGCCGCAAGAAACACACCUUCAAGAUCUUCAAGAAACAGAGGAAAUAAGGGCUACAUGAACUACUGGCUGUCAGAGCUGUUUGACUGUAUUCCUCUGGUCUGUUUUUGAAAAAAGAUUUUGGGGUUCUUUAAUGGUGAGAUGAUGGCACAAGCUGUUGCCUUUGCAUCUAUUUGUAGGUACGACACCUAUUCUGAGAAACUGGACUGUAGGCGCAACCAGCCGUUCAGUUUUAUCUGCUUCUUUGGUCAAUGUUGAAUAUGUGGGGGAAUGGGUAGGUUUGUAUAUUGGAAUGUAAAGUAUUAUUUAUUCUGCAGGAAAUUGUGCCAGUCUCAAAGGGAAACGUGUCUCCCAGUUGGUUUUUUUCUUUCUUGUUCUACGAUCUAUAACAUUUUUGCAUGUCUUCACUUUUGUUUGACUGAUAUUCGAAUGCUUUAGUGUUUGCUUGGUUCUUGUCGUUAACCUGCUUAGUCAACACUUGGUGUUUCUUUUAUUACUACCUAACCACCUAGCCUACAAAUCCAAAGUGAAUGCACACUCCCUUUUUUCACUGCGUACUUUGUUUUUAUUGAUGGUUACAAGUUUCUCUGUCUUUUGUUGUCUUCCUCUUGACAAAGCAAAUGACACAAUCAGAGGAUCAGACUACUAUAUCGGUGGCUCAGUUCACUGUCAAAAAAUAUGGCAUUUGGACACAGCAAUUGUAGCUACUCGGUUUGAUUUGGGGAAAAAAAUAUUUGGUUAAAAAAGUGUACACAAAUGAUAUCUCUCAACAAAAUCACUCAAUGGCCCAUUAAAUUGCAGCACCAGACCUUUUGCUUCAUUUUAAGAAAUCUUGUUGAGUGCAUGUGAGCAUGAGAGGGUGAGAGAGAGAAGUGCUUUGCUUUAAAACAAUGCCAACAAGUUAACAAGUGUUUUAAGAUCCUCGCUUAUAUAGAUAUCUAUUUAUUAUAAGGGGGAAAUGUUACCAAACACAUACAAUGUUGAACAUAACAGUGUGGAAAAUAACUUUUUUCUGUGUAUUUAAUUUAAAAAAAAAAACAGGAUACACUUUGAAAGUGUGCCGUAAAUACCAUAUAAAGCAGCAUAUUUAUCAAAGAACUUCAAACAUUUUUAUUCAAGUAUUCAACUAUGUUUUGUUUUGGAAGAUUAUACUCUUGACAGAACAUUGGAUAACUGAGAUCCAACACUUUCCACUGAUCGUAAACUUGCAAGUUUAUCUUGGAUUCUGUCUCCUGCUAUCCUCCGUCUUCUUGUUUCUGUGUCAGUGUAUAUUUAGGUGGAAAAUAAAAACUUCACAGCAGUUUUGUCAGUGAGCGAUGGGUGCUGGUAAGGGCUAUAGUUACCAGGCAAAGAUACUUUGCGCUGUAUAAGAUUUCAAGAUGUAACCACUUUGUAAUCCACCUUUUUAUGGAAGAUUUAACUCAAGUUAUGGAAGCAGAAGACCAAUCAUGUUAAAGUGCCAAAAUCGUUGUUUCUGUCAGAGGCCUUUGUAUUUGUAGUGUGUUUGAUCCCUUUUUUCUCAGAACACAAAACCACAUGAAGAAUAUACAGCCCAUAAUGUAUAUCCUGGUUUACACGCUGAAUGUCUAAGGGUUACUGAAACGGUGUCCUCAGUGCAGUAUGUUUACAUUUGUUCGAGAUAAGUACUCUGAUUUCCACCACGGAGAACAUGGUGCCAGUUUUAAAAUGACAGCUUCGUAUGAGCACAGAACUAUGCAUCAGUAGUUGUAGGUGAUUACUAAAGUAGAAGGGACAUUUAGAGCGUUCCUGAUUAAUGAACAACCAAAAAGUGCUGCAAAAAGACACAGUCAGCCUCCCCCAGCCUCAUAAUGUAACAGGUGGUUUGGAUGUAAAGACAUGUUUUCAAUAUUUUACUUUAGAAACCAGUUUAAAAAACAUAUAUAUAUCAAUUUCCUACUGGUACUUUUUUAACGUGUCAUUUGUACCUCUUUUGCACGACAGAGCUGUAAAUGGAUUAUGCCAUCAGACUGUGUGAAAGUAUGUGUGACUGAGUGUGUGUGUGCGUGUGUGUGUUUCUGUCCGCUCCCAGUAUAAUGCACUGUAAUGUUGAUGCAUGUCAACUGCUGUAAUGAAACCUAUAUUGGGUUCAAAGAGUGGUGCAGCUUGCGCUCUUUACUCCCCUCCCUAUCUUUUCUUUCUCUUUUAUUUUGGGCUUCUAUUUAUGAAUACAACAGUAUAUUUGUACAGAGAAAAUGAUAAUUUUGCAUCUUCUGUGACGGUCUAGACUUUUAUGGCACUCCUGCAUGAUAGCAAUAAACUAUUUUGAAUGAAA